UCAACGUGCAAUGAUGUCAAUUCCUUUGUUUUGCUCAUUUCUUGCAAUUUUUGGAUGCGUUUUCGCGAGUUCGCCCGAACAAACGACUUGCAUCGCUGAAGUCGACGACGGACUGGCAGUUGGCGUGAACAGCAUGAGCGAAAACAGACAUCGGAUUUGCAAAUAUUUGGGAUUGCCGUAUGCUGUGCCGCCCAUUGGGGAGUUGCGGUUUGAGCCACCUGUAGAAUUUCGUUGGAGCGGGAUACGGAAUUUUGUGGAAAAGCCGGAAAUUUGUCCGCAACCCAUAAAUAUCGAGAAAGGGGAUGAUGCGACGAUCGAAGGAAGUGAGGAUUGUUUGACGUUGAGUGUUUAUACGCCGCUGAAUACGACGAAAUUGUUGCCAGUUUUUUUCUGGAUUCAUGGCGGGAGCUUUUUUAUUGGAUCGCAGGACUCGUCGCAUAGCGGAUUUGAUUACAUUGUUGAGAAGGAUGUCGUUGUCGUUUCCAUCAAUUACCGUCUCAAUACUCUUGGAUUUCUGUCAGUGCCCGAACUGAAUAUCACGGGAAACUUAGGCAUGAAAGACCAAAUUCUCGCCUUAAAAUGGGUCCAACGAAACAUCGCAAGCUUCGGCGGAAAUCCUCGUAAAGUCACAAUUGUCGGUUGGAGUGCGGGAGCUGCCUCUGCCACAUACCAUCUCUACUCAAAGCAAUCCAAGGGACUUUUUUCACGCGUUAUCUCCAUGUCUGGCACGUUACUCAAUCCAUGGGCCUUCCUCCAAAGACCUUCAUGGUGCAGGAAAAACUUCCUCGAACACACAGGCUUCCAAACGAAAGAACAACUCAAAAACGCCUCAUUUACCGAUCUCAUGCCGCGUCUCCAUAGCAAAUUCAUGUUCUCCUAUUUCGGCUCAUAUCACUUUUGUUUCAUUCCAACCAUCGAAGCACCCGGAUCCUCAAAACGAUUCCUCAAAAAAUCCCCGCUUCAACUAACUCGAAAGUCUCCCGUCAGUCAAGUGCCACUCCUCAUUGGUUACACAACUCACGAAAGUGAAUUUUUCACGCCCGACCUCAAUUAUUACAUGUCGCACAUGAAUUUCGCGAACAACAACAAAACAAUUCUCGAAAAAGUCCAAAAUUUCAUCGAGAAUUUCACGGAAAAUACCGACGACAAUGAACGACGUGUCAUUUUACGCCUAAAUUCGAUCGCCGAUACGUUAUUUGGCGUACGGGAGUUUACAAAAAAAUACGCUGAAAAAUCCAAAAAAGCUGUUUACGCCUAUCGCUUCGAUUUUGACGGGCGAUUUGCGCAUUUCAAGCCUCAAUAUCCGAAAAAGUAUCGUCAGCGUAAGGUAGCAAUGCAUGGCGAUGACUUGGGUUACUUGUUCGUACCAUUUUUCGAAGAUAUCUCGGGAUAUUCGUUCAAUGCAAGUUCACCCGAAGUUAUUGUCAGUCAACGGAUGGUAGAGAUGUGGACCAAUUUCGUCAAAUUCGGUAAUCCAACUCCUGCAAUAAAUGACGUGAUAACGACUAAAUGGCGUCCCUACAAUGAAAAAAGUGAAAUUUUAAAUAUUGACGAGAAAUUAGAAAUGAUUGAAGAUCCCUUUACGAACGAUCCGUUGUACGAAUUCUGGAGCAACAUCUACGAUUGUCUGCAUAAAUGUCGAUGUGCGUUACUCGAAACUGCCAUGAACUAGAAAUUAUCCUCAAUUUACAGUAAAAAAUAAAAGAAAAAA